AUGGCUUCCGCCUCGCCAUCACCGCAUAAGCCUCGGCGCAAAACCAAGAAGGCCCAUUUCGAAACCACUGUCAAUGCCAAACCCGAAGCUCUAAUCCGCACUCCUUCGUUCCCUCUCGCAGCUUUCCUCUGGCCAGCCCGGAGCUCUCUGUCGCAAUGGGAGGUCCUACCGCUCAUUCUUAUGGUUGUCGGUCUGUUUAGAUGGGCUGCAGGGCUUUGGGGAUAUUCAGGCUUCCGAAAGCCGCCCAUGUUUGGUGACUACGAAGCGCAGAGGCACUGGAUGGAGAUAACGACACAUCUGCCAAUAUCGCAAUGGUAUUUCCACGACCUACAGUGGUGGGGUCUCGACUAUCCUCCCUUGACCGCGUAUCACAGCUGGCUUCUCGGCAAGGUCGGCUCACUCAUCGACCCCUCAUGGUUCGCACUCUACACUUCACGAGGCUCAGACGAUCCGACGCUCAAGGUCUUCAUGAGGGCUACUGUCAUUGUGUCCGAGUAUCUGAUCUAUAUACCUGCCGCGGUGGUCUUCGUCAGGAGGUAUAGCAAGCUAUCGGGUGUUGCUCAAUGGACUGCAUCCGUAGCGCUAGUCGCAAUCCUCAUGCAGCCAGCUACCAUCCUUAUCGACCAUGUUCACUUCCAGUACAAUACGGUGAUGCUCGGAUUCGUAUUGGCGAGCAUGUCUAGCAUGGUAGCAGGUCGAUAUAUGUGGGCAUCCAUCUUCUUCGUUUGCGCUUUGGGGUUCAAGCAGAUGGCACUUUAUUACGCACCGGCUGUAUUCGCAUUCCUCUUAGGAAGUUGUACCUUUCCUCGUAUUAAUAUUGGGCGGUUCAUGGGGAUCGCAGCGGUUACUCUCGCAUCCUUUGCCGUGCUUGUCUUACCGAUAGUUUUAGGUACGCUAUACGACGUCAGCCGAGGUAUUGACUCGCGACCUGACCUAGAUGGACCCCAUCCCCCGUUACCCAUAUUCGCCUUUCUCUCAACCUAUUUGGAUACGAAUGCUCUAUACUAUCCUAUAGUUGAGCAAGCCUUUCAGAUGGUUCAUCGAGUUUUUCCUUUUGCACGGGGACUAUUUGAGGACAAAGUUGCCAACUUCUGGUGUGCAGCUAACGUGGUCAUAAAGUUGCGGAAAUAUCCAACUGAACUCUUACAACGAGUCUCACUCCUAGCAACUCUUGCUUCAAUUGCUCCUCCAUGUGCAAUUCUAUUCUUCAAGCCCCGCAAGGAACUUCUCCCGUACGCCUUCAGUGCAACGGCGUGGGGUUUCUUCUUAUUCAGCUACCAGGUUCAUGAGAAGAGCGCACUUCUCCCACUUCUCCCUAUGACCGUACUCCUUGCAGGAAAGCAGGGACUAGGGAAGGAUAUUAGGUCCUGGGUUGGAUUUGGCAAUCUCGUUGGCGUGUGGACUAUGUAUCCCCUGCUACAGAGAGUUGACCUACGGAUGCCUUACACGGUACUGACGCUCUUGUGGGCAUAUCUAUUAGGCCUACCUCCUGUAUCGACCAGUGCCUACUUCGAGGAAGGACAGAACAUAUGGGUUCAAUGGUUGACAGCUAUUAUUCACGGUGCUUUCUACGCCUCCAUGGGAGCCUGGCAUAUACUGGAAUUGUUUGUCACCCCACCUCCCGAUAAGCCUGACCUCUGGGUUGUCGCCAAUGUCGGUAUAGGCGCAGCUGGAUUUUCCCUGUGCUACAUGUGGUGUCUAUGGAGACUAAUACAGGAGAGCGGGAUCAUCCCUCGGAAACCCCCGGGAUCCAAAGUCAAAACAACUUGA